CGUAAAGCUAAAGCAAACAAGCCUAUAGCUAACCGUUCCUACACUUUCAAAUCCUCUGAUCAGUCUCCCAUCAAAAUCCGAGAAAAAGAAAAAGAAAAAGUUUAAAGAAACCCUAAUCUAAAAAAGAUCCGAUCGUCGUCGUCUUAACUUCUCUCUGGAUCUUCACCUUUUGUCUUUUGCUUUAUGUUCUGUUUCUAUAUAUUGCCCCUAAAUGAAAGACAGAGGAAAGAGAACAGCAAUGGACGACGUUUCUUUCUACUACAGCACACCUUCGGAGCUCUCUUGUCGGAAACAUCCCUCUGUUUCCGCUGUCGGAGUCUGCCCGUACUGUCUCAACGACCGUUUAGUUAACCUCGUAUGCUCAGAUUGCGGCGAACAGAGACUCUCUUCUUGCUCUUGCUCAGACAUCUCUCCUAACCGAACCUCAAACGCCGCCGUGGACGCCGGGGACGUCCUCCGGAUCUCUUCUCUCAUCGAUACAGAGAAGGCGAAACAGAGGAAGGCGACGAGAACAGAGGAAGUUGCGGUGUUCAAGAGGAGUAGUAGCAGCUGCGUUGAGAUUAACAAGACAAAGCAUCAUAGAUUCUCGAGACUCGGGAGGUUCUUCAGGAAGAUUAAUCCGAGAAAGGACAGAGCUUUCGAUGAGAAGAACAACGACAACGACAGCGAUUCUUGGGUUUUGAAACAGAGUGUUUCGAGAUCGAGAUCGCUCUGUAGCUUCCGAGGAGGAAACGGGUACUUCAUCGGGUCGGAGGAGGACGUGUCGUCUUACUCCGGCGCGAGGAGCUCGUUCUCCGCCGCGAGAAGCUCGAGCGUCAACGGCGGGUUAGGGGUUCUCGAUACAGAGCAUCGGAGGAGUAACUUUGAAGGGAGGAAAAGCAAUUUCAGCGAGAAGAGCAACUUCGAAGGGAGGAAGAGUAACUUCAGCGAGACGACGGAGCAUCGGAGGAGUAAUUUCAGUGAAUCGGAGCCGCCGCGGAGGAGCUGUUUCGAGGCGAGGAAGAGUAACUUCAGUGAAACAGAGUAUCCGAGGAAGAGUAACUUCAGCGAAACAGAGUAUAAACAGAGUAUAAAUAGUAAUCCGCGGAGGAGCAAUUACGAGGCGGCGGCGCCGAGGAAGAGUGAUUCGUCGGCGAUGAGUUUCACGAGAAGGGUUUUUUCGAUGAAAGAGAGUUACUUUACCGGAGGGGAAGAGCCAGGUUUUAUAGAUCUCAAGUUCGAUUCCGGAGGAGGAGGAGGGGAAGUGGUGGUAAACGACGGCGUUUUGGAGCACGGAGGAGGAGGGUCUUGCCGGUUAACGAAGAAGGAUCGAGAGGUGAGUAAGAGUCGGAGGACGAGCUUCAAAGGAUGGAAAUGGAUAUUCGGACACCAUCAUCUCCUUCAUCAACAAAGAGAUUCAUGAUGAUGACGAUGGAGAUGGAAGGAAACAGUUGAACUGUUUGUGCGAUCCGAUGUCAAUCUUAGUCAGAAUGCUUUUGUUUUUUUUCUCUAAUGAUUUAUCAUUUUGUUUUGUUGAAUACUAGUUUAAUUUAUCGACGUCACAUUUUGAAAUGAUAGAGAUGAGAUUAUUAUGAGUGUACACAACUUAACCGGUUUUAACCAAAUUCUCCUUUUGUAAUCAGGUAACCUUAAGAGUUCUUGUAUUUUGUAUUUUUGUUUAUCAUUUUGAUUCGAUAUAUAUGCGAAGGUUGAUUAGCCG